AUGGUGAGCCUUGAUAUUUCAGAACUUGGAAAGGUUAUAGAUUGCUUUGAAGCGAGAUCGACUCUUUUGGAGCAGCUUAAGGCUCAACAGUUUGAGGAUGAGAAAUUGUUUAAGAUUCGAGAUAAAGUGUUAAGUGAAGACGCCAAUGAGGUGGCUUAUGAGUUGCCCUUGCCUCCAGGCUUAAUGGGUAUUCACCUGGUGUUCCAUGUUUAUAUGUUGAAGAAUUAUCAUUCUGACGGGUUUUACAUCAUCCAGUGGGACUCGAUAUUGUUCGAUCAAAAAUUUUCCUUCGAAGAGGAGCCGAUAGCAAUAUUGGAUAAGCAAGUGAGAAAGUUGAGGUCAAAAGAGAUUACUUCAGUUAAGGUCCAAUGGAAGCACUGUCUAGUUGAAGAGGCUACUUAG